AUGAUUCGCAAUGAAGAUGCAACCACGCCAGUGCAGGAGGCAGCUACACUUGAGGGCGAUGAGAUCAAGAUUGAGGUGGAGGCGAAGCCCCAGCAGAUCGUGCAUGCGAUCGCGGGCGGCCGCACGGACGAUGAGCUCAAGGCGUUCUACCGGGAGGUGCACCGGAAGCUGGCCCAGCACUACCCCGGCACCUGGCUGCUCGUGAAAGAUGAGAAGAACAAGAUGACGAUGAAGAUGGAGAUGAAGAAGGAGGGGCAAGAUGAGGAUGAUCAGAUGAGUGAGGAAGAGGAAGAGAAGGAGCUGGAGAGAGAGGAGGAAGAAAUGGAUAAAGUCGAGGAGAUGUCUAAAGAAGAAGAAGAAGAUGAGGUGGUGGUGAAGGUGGAGCAGCCACCCACACCUCAGCGCCGCAACCCCGACCGACGCAAGCGGCCCAAGCUAGAGAUAAAGACUGAAAACGACGAAGGUGGUGCUGCGGGCCAAGCUGGAGACGAGGCCGACACGCGCGGGAAGAAGUCAGCUGCACCAAUGCAUACGGGGAUUGAGAAGGAGAAGAAGAAGACCAACGUGUGCGGGGGACAGAAGACGGUCCUGGCUAGUCUCAUCAGCACCGUGCUCUCGCAGAACACCACCGACCGCAACUCCUCCGCGGCCUGGGCCAACCUCCAGCGUGCCUACAAGGAGGAUUGGGAGCGCGUGCGCACCGCAAAGCCAUCGCAGCUGGCUGACGUCAUCCGCACAGGCGGCCUCGCACAGCGAAAGGGCGGAAUCAUCCAAGGGCUGCUCAACCAGCUGCACGAGGAGAGGGACGGCGAGCUCUCGCUGGAGCACCUGAGGGACAUGCCCACCGAGGAGGUCAAGCAUGCGCUCACCAAGUACAAGGGCAUCGGCCCCAAGACCGCCUCGUGCGUGCUCAUGUUCAACAUGAAGCGCGCCGACUUCCCCGUCGACACGCACGUUCAUCGCGUCUCGACCCGCCUCGGAUUUGUGCGAGGGACGACCAGGGAGCAGACCUACGAGUUCAUGAAUGCGACGAUGCCAGAUGAGAUCAAGCGCGACAUGCACGUGCUCCUCAUUCGCCACGGCAAGCAGGUGUGCAAGGCCCGCUCGCCCAAGUGCGGCGAAUGCGUGCUGCGCGACGACUGCCGCUACGGUCAGACGCUCAAGAAGGAGCAGGAGAUGGCCGACAACAGCGAAGAUGAUGUCGUAGACAACAAGAAGAAGGGGAAGAAGAGCAAGCGAAGUCGAAAGGAGAAAAGCGGAGCAGGAGCCGCCAAGACGAAAGGGAAGAAGAAAGCCAAGCAAGAGAAAAAGGUAGAUGAUGACGACGAAGACUUCGAAGAGCCGACAAGGAGCCGGCGGGGCAAAAGAGCCAAAGCGAAGGACGACACGGCAGCAGGCGGCACGACCAAGAGGGUGGCCAAGCGGCGAAGGCGAAGCGCACCACCAGCCUCCACCAACAUCGGCGACAUCGAAGACGUGGUUUGA